AUGGAACUACCGAAUCUCGACCCUUGGACGCCUACGGAAACGGAUGCUAUGUACGAUUUGCAAGUACCGCCGCCAUAUAUAUCGAUGCCUCACUCAAUGAAUUACUUGGCGCCAUCACAAUUGCAAGCUCCCAUCCCAAUAAGUUCGUCGACCGUCUACGAAUCAUUUGCUUCCCCGAAUCGGGCCCCAAUAUCGGCCCUACCCUCGUCGCUGGCGCGUGCGUCUCACUCUUGCAAGAGACCUGCUGCCGAAUCAACACCUCCUGGGCUGCUUACCGACGAAUACCGACGAAUGAUAUGCUUAUACCACGAGCAAAACAAGGCAGCGAAACAGACUGAAAUUGGAGUCAAGCGGAAAGAAAGAUAUCUCGUCAUCAACAACCGCGGCCAGCCUCCAGAAAACCGAACUAAGGGGCGUGUUCCUGACCUUAAAUCGGCGCUUUCGAACUUGGUAAAGCAAUACCAAAGAAGCAAAAUUCCAAUAAAUGACAAGAUACUCAUGGAUAAGGCGCUUGCUUUUGCCCACGCCUGCAGUCUUACCGAAGGCAGCCGAGUAUUGGACAAGAACUGGCUGGAGAAAUUUAAGUCGGAAAACAAGAUGUUAUUUGCCCACAACCGGCCUUGCACGAAGGAUGGCCAAGCAAGGCGCACCCAGCCGCAAUGCAUCAACUCGAAUAUAAUAACCAGAAACAUGAACGAUGUUUCGCCAAUCAGUGUCCGUGAACCUCCUUCGACUGAUCAGGCACGACGUGCCAUGGAGCUCGUAAUAGACUAUUUCGACAAGAUCGGGAAAGUGUCUCCCCAGGAACGUGUGAGCAUUGGCAGAGUUAUGGAACGUCUCGAAAACGACCACAGGAUGUUCCGCGUGAGGAAUAGCUGGUGUGUCCAACCCUCGGGGGAGGUUCCCCUUGGUCUUGAUGCUACGCUUCCUACCAAUUUGUUUUAG